AUGGCCCUCCUACUCACCCUUAUCCUCACCCUCAUCCUCUUCAUCAAACCCCUAGUCACAUACCUCACCACCAAAACCCUAACCAAAUACUACCCUCCUCUCAACCCACUCUCCAACCACACCACCCUCUCCUACAUCUACGAACACCGCCACCGUUUCCGCACCCAACGCCUCUACAACAAGCACCUCCACCACAACCAUCGCAUAAUCCGCCUCUCACCGACCUCCCUCUCCAUCGCCGACCCAAAAGCCAUCCCAGCCAUCUACGGCCACGGCACACCCUGCGUGAAAGACGACGUCUACGCACUCACGAAAGGAACCCACACCCACUUUAACAUGCUGAAUACCAUUUCUCGCGACGAUCACUCCCGCAAGCGGAGAAUGCUCGCGAAUGCCUUCUCCACGAAGAAUCUCCAACAAUGGGAGUAUAAGAUAGCUGAUAAGGUGGAGAGGUUGUUGGGUAAGCUGGAUGGGAUGUGUAUACCACCACCAUCAUCAUCAUCAUCAUCAUCAUCAUCAUCAUCAUCAUCGAAUGCGUUAAUAAAUGGGGACGGGGACGAGGUUGAUAUGAGAUAUUGGUUGAAUCUGUUCACUGUUGAUGCGAUUGCUGAUAUUGGAUUGAGUGUUAAGCUGGGGCUAUUGGAUAAGGGAUCGGAUGAGGUUGUAGUGGAUGGUGAGGUUGUUAGGUAUAUUGAGUGUUUGCAUCGGGGGAAUCGGGUCUCUUCGUGGGUUAUUGGGGCGAGUGGGUGGAUUGGGCUUUUGAGGGGAGUGUCUUGUGUUGUUUCGCCGUAUCUACGAGAGCAAUGGGAGUGUGGGAGGAGGUUUGGGAGGGUUGUGAGGGGUUUGGUGGAUCAGAGGUUGGGGGUUCAGGAGAGUGGGGAGAAGUUGAGUGAUUUUCUGGGGUGUUUGGUCGAGGAUAGGAGGGGGGUUGGAAGGGAGUUGGAGAGGGGCGAGAUUGAGGCUGAGGCGGGGCUUUUGUUGGAUGCAGGUUCCGAUACAACGGCUAUCGCCUUGACAAAUGUUAUGUACUAUCUUAUCAAGAAUCCACCAUCGCUGGAGAAGCUCAGGGAGGAGGUAUCCGGUGCUUUACUUGGUGAGGAAGUGGCACCAUAUGCUAAAGUCAGGAACCUACCGUACCUGAAAGCAUGCCUGGAAGAGUCGCUGCGCCUGUCACCGCCCGUGUCGAGAGGGUUGGAGAGGAAGACACCUCCCGAAGGCAUGUAUAUCCUGGGAGAGAGGAUCCCCGGGAAUGUCACCGUUAGUGUUCCUACCUACGCAAUUCAUCGUGAUCCGGAGAUCUUUCCAGACCCUGAAGCCUUCUGGCCUGAAAGGUGGCUGGAGGAUGAUGAAAAGGUCAAGCAGAUGCGGGCUGUUUUCAUACCCUUUAGUAGUGGCGCGCGGGCAUGUAUUGGACGGAAUAUUACGUUCAUCGAACAGCAGAUUCUGGUUUCUACGUUGGUUCAUCGCUAUGAGUUUGAGUUGCCGUCCAAGGGUUGGAUGCUGGAGUGGGAGGAGGCGUUUAAUUUGUGGCCGGGGCGGAUGCCGGUGAGAAUUUGGAGGAGGGAUGGAUAUGUUAUUCAUUAA